UCCACCAAUAGAGUUGCCGAUAGAACUUUUCCUAAAACUAGCUCUGCAACAAAGUGCGGAGUUACAUGUAAUGAUGUGAUGUGAAGUGUAUACAGAAGGGUUGGUGUGUUGUUACAACUCGUGAGUGAAAUACAAUCAUGUGUUGCUCUGGUUAGCUUCUGAAGUUUUUGCAGACCAACUGUUCGUGAUUCGUACACCUCAAGUUUUCUUCUUUUAUUCUGCUUUUUUUGGGGUGAUGAUAUUUUGAAAUCGUAAAAGCGAAAAAAACAGCUUUUUUUUCAUUUAAGGAGGUUUACAUCACAACAUGUCGGUAAUGUGCACGACAGAUAAACAAGCGGCUGCAUCGCAAAACGACUACCCACCCGUCGGCGGUGGAGUGCGCUCUGCCCACUGCAGCAGCGAGCCCCGGCUAACGGACAACGACGUCAGUCCCGGCUUGUCGAGGCACAAGCCCGGCCGUAGGGGCCAAAGCGUCUACCACGGGCACACGCAUCGGAAAGUCAACGCUUACCUCGACGUGCCGGACGUCCAAGCGCCGGAGCAGCAGCAGCGCGCCGACGAGGAUGACGAUCUCUAUCGGCUGAGGAGCUUUAGCCUCACCAGCAAAGGUGUAAUAAACCGAGGCGACUCGUUUCGGCGGAAACGCUCGAGAUCGAAUUCCCUGGCGUUGGCUGAAGGUGAUCAUCACACCGCAAAUGUCAAUACUGGGGGACAUGGCGGUAGUGCUGCUACUUCUGUUGCUGAUGAGAACCACAAGAACGCACCACCCAAGGAUGUGACCUCGUAUAACGUUGCCCUGCUCGGCUCACGUGGCGUCGGUAAAUCCGCCCUCGUCAGCCAGUUCAUGUCCAGCGAGGGUAUCAACGCUUACGAUCACGUACGCCAAAAAGAUGCGCCAAGUGAGCAGUCCGUUUUUGUUAUGUUGAAUGGUGAGGAGAGCGAACUACGCUUUAUCGACGUUACAAAUAUCAAGUGUUCGUGUAUUAAUCAAGUUUGCUCUGGAUUAUUAGAUUAUUGGAUUAUUGGUCUUGCUCUAGUAUAUGAGAACAGUGGUGGUUGCGGUGGCAUCGGCAAAAUGAUUUUAGUAUAUAAUAUUACGCAUAUGCACAAGGCAAAUGAGAAGAAUAUUUUUAGUUUAAGACAUUUUCCAUAUGCGCCAAGUGAGCAGUCCGUUUUUGUUAUGUUGAAUGGUGAGGAGAGCGAACUACGCUUUAUCGACGUUACAAAUAUCAAGGAACUCGACAAGAUGGUGCCACAGCCUUGCGCUUACGUUGUGAUGUACUCAGUUAUAGACAAAGCGUCGUUCCAGCGAGCCGAGGAUCUACUAACAAAGUUACAUCAGAUGGAGUCAGACAUCAGGGGUAGGCCUGUCAUCGUCGUAGGUAACAAGAUUGACCUCGUGCGCACGCGCGUCGUCUCAUCACAAGAUGGCAGAUGCUUGGCGUGCACAUACCGAGCUAAGUUCAAAGAGAUCUCCGUUGGGAUAAACCACAACAUCGACGACCUCCUUGUCGGCAUCCUAAGCCAAAUCCGACUAAAAGUCAACCAGCACCAGAGCCAAGCGGCCAGUAGCGGUAGCACCGAUAGCGAGCACUGGUAUAAAUCGCGUGGAGUCGUCCGUGCGAGCAUGAAAGCUCGACAGAUGCUCACUUGGCUGUUUGGUAAAGAAGAUCGCAAGUUUCGUAACUGCGAAAACUUGCAUGUACUGUAAAGGCUCGUCUCUUUAUUUUUUUAUUUAUUUUUUUUUUUUUCAAAAUUGCUACUUCUUAUACGAGUACCGUUGUUUCUUCCAUGUCAACUGUAAAAGAGGUUUGCGUGAGAUUUUCAAGCUUUAUUUGUUUUCUUUAUUUUUAUCUUUAUUAGUAUUAUUAUAUUAGUUAGUGUGUAUAUAUUUAUAUAUUUGAGGAUGCGAAAGUGAAAUCCCUAAUUCAUAUUCGUGCUUUUAUUAAUGACACACGAGACACGGGAUACUCUCACAAACAAUUACCAAAUUAGGAAAGUUUUUUUAUACUGGACCACAAAUGUAGGACUUUGACGGUUUUGUUUAUUUGAUCACUAUCAUUAUUGCUAUUUUUGUCCAUGUUAGUAUGUAUUAAUUUUUUAUGUAAAAAAAAUAAAAAAUUACACGAUUUUGUAAAAUGCUUUUUCCUACUGAAACUCGAAAACUUUUUUAAUCUGUAUGUUAUUAUAUCUAUAACUCUAAAAUUUAUCGACGUUGUUUUGAAUGUGUUUGUUGUUUUUUUCGUAGUGGCAACAUUAUAAACUAAGAUAAAUAAUUAUUACCAACAAAGACAAUUUACUUUAAUCAUAGGUUCUGAUUCAGAUGUACUUUCAAAAUUAUGUAAACUAAAAUACAAACAUUUGUAUCCUGAAAAUUGUAUUAUAACAUAGUCUGGAAAUGUAAAAACAAAUUAUAAAAUAAAAAACAGUUUUAAGUUGUAAGUAGUUAUGAUUGCGGAAAUAACAGAUUAGUUUGUUUAUUUUUUAUUAAAAAAAAAGUAUU